UGACGCGCACGGUGUGCGUCCAGUCGAGGCUGCUGGAUCUUCUCGUCAAUGGAUGGAGUCUGAAUGGUCAUGAAUGGAAGUCACACUCACCUCUUUUCAACACACAAGUUGAGUUCACUUGCAGGAAUAUUUUAUUUUUCGCCAUCCCAGGACCUCAGACGACAUGGAAAACCACUUUCAGACAGGCUAAGACGCUAAGCAAACCGUGCCAUGCCAGGAGACGCCAGUCAGGACGCCAUGAAGACGCCAGCGAGCGCGGAGAAGCCCGGCGUGGCGCCGCCCACGACGACGGUCAGCAUCCCGCUGGUCAACGAGGUGCAGCUGGCGGCGGCCACGGGUGGCGCCGAACUGUCCUGCUACCGCUGCACCGUCCCCUUCGGCGUGGUGGUGCUGAUCGCCGGCGUGGUGGUGACGGCGGUGGCGUACGGCUUCAACUCGCACGGCUCCACCAUCUCCUACCUGGGACUGGUGCUGCUCUCGGCUGGACUGGCGCUGCUGGCGGCCAGCGCCGUGUGCUGGAGGGUGCGGCUGGAGAGGAGGAAGGAGCGCCGGCGGGAGAGCCAGACCACGCUGGUGAGCAACCAGAGGAACAUUUUCACAUGACCAUGCACGCCGCCAACACUUCGUGGAAGACGCUGGACUCCUGGACUGCUGGAGAGCGUGCAGGACGUCUCAUGGGGACGGAAUAUUGCAACAGCUGCUUUCACGCUGCCAGGAACUGGGCAGAAGUUUCUGGAAUAAACACAUUCAUCAUGUUAUCAUCACUACUUCAUCACAUGUACCUCGGAGAUGUAUCCUACACUAAAACAUGAAUCAUAAACAAUGGUCAUCUGCACCACAACUUGGUUUCCUAGGUUCAAAUCUUCUACCUGACACUUUAAAACACUGAGGGCCACAGACUAAAGGAUGCGGGGGCCCUUUUUUCUAUGUUUCACUUUCCUAACCAGUACAGUAUUAAUAUUGUACCCUAUAUUUUAAUGGGCUGGAAAAUGUAAUUUCUGUUGAAACUGUGACUGCUGACAAGCCAAAGCCAAACUGACAUGCUAACACACUCGCCGUGCUAACAAAACAUAUGACUCGUAGGUGUAUACUAGCAAAUUCAGCUAAAAAAGCUAGCAUGCUACCAGUAAGGUGCUAACAUACAACCAAUAGCAUGCUUACUGCGCAUUAGUAAAGUAUAUAUGACUCUGUUAAAUCGACAUAAAAAUCUAGUAUGGUCAUUUUAGCAUGCUAAAAUGCUAACUUCAAAAUUAGUACAUCUGCAAAAUUAGUUCAAAAUGCUAGCAUGCUAACGUUAGCAUGCAUUAAGUACCAAAAUAUAUUACUAUGAGGUGUAUACCUGCUUAAUUGACCCCCAAAAAAGCUAGCCUGCUAAAAGUAAGAUGCUAACAUACCAACAAAAGCAUGCUUACUGCGCAUUAGUAAACUACCAAAAUAUAUGACUCUGCUAAAUUGACCCAAAAAAAUGCUAGAUUGCUAACAUACAAACAGUAGCAUGCUUACUGUGCAUUAGUAGAGUACCAACAUAUAUGACUCUGCUAAAUUGACAUAAAAAGCUAUCAUGGUAUAAUGCUAACUUCAACAUGAGUAUAUCUGCAAAAUGAGUUAAAAAUGCUAGCAUACUGACAUUAGCAUGCAUUAAGUGCCAAACUAUAUUACUAUGAGGUGUGUACCUGCUCUAUUGACCCCCCCCCCCCCCCCCUAAAAAAAAGCUAGCCUGCUAAGAGUAAGAUGCUAACAUACCAACAAUAGCAUGCUUACUGCGCAUUAGUAGAGUACCAACAUGUAUGACUCCGCUAAAUCGACAAAAAAUGAAGUAUGGUAAUUUUAGCAUGCUAAAAUGCUAACUUCAACAUGAGUAUAUCUACGAAAUGAGUUAAAAAUGCUAGCGUGCUAACAUUAGCAUGUAUUAAGUACCAAAUAUAUUACUAUGAGUUGUAUACCCUUUAAUUGACAAAAAAUAAAUAAAUACAUACAACAAUAGCAUGAGUAAACUACCAAAAUAUAUGACUCUGGGGUGUAUACCUGCUAAACUGACCCCCAAAAAAACUAGCAUGCUAAUGUUAGCCUGGUAAAAUGUAUGUAUCGAGUACCAAAAUAUAUGACUCAAAGAUGUAUAUCUGCAAAAUUAGUUAAUACUGCUAGCAUGCUAACAUUAGCAUGCAUCAAGUACCAAAAUAUAUGACUGUUGAGUGUAUACCUGCUAAAUUGACAAAACAAAGCUAAUGUGCUAACAAUAAGGUGCUAACAUAUCAACAAUAGCAUGCUUUCUGUGCAUUGGUGAAGUACCAAAACAUAUGACUCUGGAGUGUAUACCUGCUAAAUUGACAAAAAAAAGCUAAUGUGCAAACAAUAAGGUGCUAACAUACCAACAAUAGCAUGCUUUCUGUGCAUUGGUGAAGUACCAAAACAUAUGACUCUGGAGUGUAUACCUGCUAAAUUGACAAAAAAAAAAGCUAGCAUGCUAACAGUAAGGUGCUAACAUACCAACUCUAUCUGCAAAAUCAGUUACAAAUGCUAGCAUGCUUAUGUUGGCAUGGAUGAAGUACCGAAAUAUAUAACUCUGAGGUGUACACCUGCAAAAUUAGCUAAAAAAUGCUAACAUUUGUCAAAAAACUAAAUAUUUGACGAUGAGGUUCAUGCUUGCAAAAGUAACAUUAGCACACUAACUAAUGUGCUACGGGCCGCAAAUGGCCCUUGAGGCUGCACUUUGGACCAUACCAGACUUUCAUCAAUUCAUUUGUUUGUGGCUAACACAGGUGUGACACUACCUGUUUGCACUCGCUCAUAAACACAUUAUAUUGGGUCUGUCUGAAUUAAACACAUUAUAAUGGGACUGUCUGAAUUAAACACAUUAUAA